AUGAGUCAUUUCUAUUUUGGUGCUUCCACGUUGGCCAGAUCCACGCGUUUGUUUACACGUGGGUCUCCCCCUAAUAAAAAGGCGUGCAUGCGAUGACAUCGCCAUAACUCAUUUUUCCACAGUCCAAGGAAGCCUGGCAAACCUUUGUGUACGUUUAGUAGCUACCCUUUUGGCCAUACGCGGCGCACAACCAGGCUAGACCGCCCCCCUCCCCAUCCCAGAUCGAUGUCAGUGGUGGCCGAGACCGCUUCUUUUUGGCUUCAUACCAUGCAGCCUGACAGUGGCGAAACGUCGUCAGUUCCAUCCCUCCAGGACGUGAUAGAGGUGUACACCAGGGUGUGUACAGCCGUGUGGGACGCUGGGGCUCACAGGUCACAACCUAAAGACUGUCAACCAGAAAACAUGGAGGGAAAACAGGAGCAGGAUGACUGUGAAAGGGACUAUUUAGAAUUAGACGACUUACCGGAGCCGGUGAAGUUGCACGUCUUGUCCUUCCUGGACGUGAAGUCAGUCUGUCAGCUGGCAGCGGCUAGUCGGGACUGGAGGGUUCUGGGUAACGACAACAUCCUGUGGAGAAAACUGUUGGAAAGAGACGGACCUUCCUGGUCAUCCAUUGGUCACAGGGGAGGAACUGACUUGAGUAAAGAAGACCACAAAUGGAGGUAUCUCCAGUGCUGUCCGGAGGCACAGAGGCACAAAGAAGCUUCCUCCAUCGGCUCCCAGCUCCGAGGAUACUUGAGGUUGCUGCUGCCUAAGACCCUACCCAUGGUAGCCAUGUUUGGGCCUGGCCUGAACACCAGCACUUCUCAGAUAGUCCGAGCCAUCAUUAGUGGGAAGGAGGGAGUUUUCAAGACCAACAUGCAAAGUACCAUGUGGCAGACAAAGCUUCCCAGGAGAGGAGGGGGAGGAGGACUUGCCAUCAAGUUCAGAAACAAGCAGGAUUUUUUCCUCAUCACGUUGUACUCAGGGACAAGAAGUGAACGUGAAAGCCAGUCCUCUGGCAACAAACUCUUGGUGCCCAAGACGCCGACCUCCACUGAUGCUGAACCAGAGUACGAGCUGAAACGGACCUUCCGCCGGCUGUGUUCCGAGGUCGCAGGGUUCAUCUUCGUGGUAGACGCAUCACAAGGAAUAGACCACGUUGAGUCAGGUUUAGCAGAGCUGCAGGCCAUGACUGACCAGCGCUGGACGCCUGAGUCCACCCCAGUCCUGGUGCUGUCCUGUGUGCCAGGGGAGGGGGAGGGUCAUCAGGGGGAGACCAGACUACCUUGUAUCAAGGUCAUGGAGGCCUUACAGCUGGGGAGCAUGUCCAGACCCUGGCAGGUGCAGAACGCUGUGGCAGGAAGUCUGCAGGAUGUAGAUACGGGUGUGGAAUGGCUCAUGAACAACAUCCAGGGAACGUGACAUCAUGUAAACACAGAAGGUUGACUUCAGAACUCCAUACCACUGCCUAUUUCCUGUCAACUUUAUAAUCUC